AUGCCACUUUUAAAGUGCUACUUUUCAAAAAUUCUACCUUUUCAAAAUCUUUGCAAAAAUGUCGUCGCCGUCUCUGAUCUCCUUUUCCGACGUGCAGUGUCUCUCACCGCCGCUGGAAAAAGGACCAUCUCUGUCUUCUGCUCGUCCUCGGCUACUCAGUUCUCGGUGACUCAAGCUUGCUUAUCUCAGAUCUUUUUUUUUUGUUUUCUUCCUCGUGGUCUUCGCCGCUGGUUUCCUCCUGUUAGAUCUGGUCCCUGCCUCUUCAUCUGCAGAACGUAA